GAGCGAACGUCAAGCGACCCACGACGCGGGCCGUUCGGAGUUCUUCGAGGAUUAUUUCCUUUGAGAUAAUCUCCGAAAGGCCUUGCCGGCUGUGUUCCCGGUCUUCGUGAGAAAGAUAGCUGAUAGCGUCGGGGUAUGGGGUUGGCAUAGACACGUUUGUUCAUUUGCUUUGGUGCGGUGCCAAAAGGCAGCUCUUCCAAAACGUGCUCCAAAACAAACGGUAUUCCGCCCUAUCGUCAUGAAGUGAUUGUCGUCGACACUGUAUACUGCGUAUGCUGUGUUAAUCGAGAUCUCUCUCAAAUUCUGCUCGGGUAUCGCGGCACCAUGGGUUCCUGGACCCGCCGGUGGCACGCCAUGUCGGACAACAAGAGCCCCACUGCACUGAUGCAGUCGUCGCAGUUAGAACAGUACCUGCUUUUGGCCAAGACGGCCAAGGGCGCCGCGGCCGCCGAACUCAUCAAGCAAGUCACGGAAGCCCCGGGCGUGUAUGUCUUCGGAGAACUGCUCGACAUGCCCAACAUACAGGAGCUUGCCAAUGGCUCUCACAGCACCUACCUGAACCUCCUUAACCUGUUUGCCUUUGGGACUUAUGCCAGCUAUCAUGAUAACAAGGAGCAGUUUCCAGUGCUGACUCCGGCCAUGAUCACCAAGCUGCGACACCUCACGAUUGUUUCGCUGGCAACAAAAACUAAGUGCAUCCCAUACUCGACGCUCCUCAAGGAGCUGGACAUGAAGAACCUGCGUGAGCUGGAGGACUUAAUAAUCGAGGUGAUCUAUGCGGACGUGGUGCGGGGCAAGCUGGACCAGAAGAACAACCAGCUGGAAGUGGACUACACCAUUGGACGGGACAUCCGCACGGAGGACAUCGGCACCGUCAUCAAGGUCCUGCAGGAGUGGUGCACCAGCUGCGAGGUGGUGCUGAACAACAUUGAGUGCCAGAUCAGCCGUGCCAACGCCAUGAAGGACUCGCACAUCAAGCUCAAGCAGCAGAUCGAGAACGAGGUGACGAGCAUCAAGAAGAAUCUGAAGGUGCAGUCGCAGGAUGCGGAGGAUCAGGUGACGACCGAUGCGCGGGAGGAUGGCCACAUGGACAAGCCGAGCAAGAAGCAGGCCAAGGCCAAAGGGUUGCCUCACCAGAGCAGGAGAUGAGAGUGGCUGAGACGACGGCUGGGCUUUAGAGACUGACAUGUUCGGCGACAAGGGCACGGCAAGGAGACGAGGAGCAGGAUCGAGGAGAUUCGCCAGCACUGAAGCUUCUGUAUAAAUUGUAUAUGUGAAACUCUCGCAACCAGUGUGCGGUUCAUUCCUUUUGUGACGGCCUCCAAGAUAUGCUUCUUUGCGCAUCAUUGUUUGCUGAAACACUUGAACUGACCUGUGUCCAGCUACCUAAUACUAUGUGCCCAAGUACAGUGGUGAAAAAAGCCAACGAAGCCACAUCCAGCCUUGCCAAGUUUGAUAGGGCUGACCUAGUGUUGUAAGUCAAACGUAGCAAGGCCAAAUGGCCGGAUGUUGAUUGCCGCCAAUCUUGCAACCAGCCGGCGCCCGGCUCGUGUGGAUCCGGUCGCCGCCAGCAUGACGUGCGUGUGUAGUUCUAGAGCGCAUGCUCCUGUGACUUCGUUGGCUCUUAACACCACUGUACAUAGUAAUUCAACUUUCUAAAUCUGUGUGUAAGUAGACUGGGCUAGGUAAGGACAGAUUUGAAGUGGUAUAUUUGUAAAUGAAAAAUAGUCAGAAAUUUAGAACGUUGUACCAGCAAGCUCAUCAAAGUGACAAUAUGGUACUGCCUUUUUACGACAGCUUCUCUUUUAUCAAACUAUUGCGAAUAGUAAAGUAGCUACCCCUGUAAAAUUUGGAUUGUGAGAGGACUAGAACUAAUACGACUACAUAUUAAAGUGGGUCAAUUUCAGGCACGCUUUUAGGGUCAAGCUUUUCAUGCUAGAGGGGAUCUUUAUCCAAGGGAAUUUCUCUGAGCUGUAGAAAAUUUAAAAGUCGCUGAACCUUCAUGUUUAUGGUACUGUGCGCACGUGUGCUUGUAUGUGGGACGAUACUUUAUUAAUCAUACAUAGAAUUAGGAUUUUAAGAUUAAUCCAAUAAAGGCUUGUAAGUAAACAA